CUCUUACUCUCUUCGUUGAUGAUAAAAAGGACGAGCGCUUGCCUCAACGUAUUCAGCAUGACACGAAGAGCUCUCUCCACUUCCCCUCCUAGAAAUGCAAAACGUGCCAAGAUAGAGCAUUUAACUCUUAAUGACUUCAAGGACGGCGUUUUUCUGGCACCAAUGGUGCGCUCUGGUGCGCUUCCCACUCGUUUAUUUGCGCUGAAGCAUGGUGCUACUUUAGUUUGGGGACCAGAAACUGUCGACAAAGCUAUCCUUCACGCGACGAGAAAUGUUGACCCUGUAACCGGCGUCAUAACUUACGAUGGAAAAUCUAAGGCCAUUUUCUCCACCCAUCCCAUCGAAAAGCCCUACCUGAUCUACCAGAUUGGAUCAUCCGACCCAGAAUAUGCUGUGAAGGCAGCUCAGACCGUCAUGAACGAUGUCUCUGGUAUAGACCUCAACUGUGGAUGCCCCAAGCCAUUCUCUACCCAUGCCGGAAUGGGCGCCGCUCUCCUCACCAACCCUGAUCUCCUAUGCUCAAUACUAACGGCUUUACGGGCCGCUAUGCCUCCGGAAAUCACAAUCUCAGCCAAAAUCCGACUACUUCCUUCGCAAGAAGAGACUCUAAAGUUGGUGGAACGGAUAGUAAAUACUGGCGUCAGCGCAUUGACGGUUCAUUGCCGGACGAGGAAUAUGAGGGAUAGGGAUGCAGCCCUGAUUCAAAGACUGAAGGAAAUUGUUGAUUUUGUUAAGGGGGUGGGGAAGGGUGUCGCCGUUAUAGAGAACGGUGAUUGCCUCAGCGCUGAAGAUGCAAAGAGAGUGAGAGAGGUUACAGGGGCUCAUUCAGUAAUGAUUGCUCGAGCUGCGGAAGCUAACCCUUCAUGUUUCUCAAGUACUCCAUUAACUGACGUGGAGCAAACCUUGGUCCCGGAUUACCUUCGUCUCUCACGAUACCUUAAUAACCACUGGAGUCUGACGAAAUUCUGCGUUUCACAAUUUAAAGGUCACCACGUCAACUAUACCAAGAAGCAAGAACAUGCCUUAAGGGAAGCCAUCGUCAAAAGUCGUAGCUUCGAUGAGGUCGAGCACAUCGUUGAUUCCUGGACAGGAGAACAAGUGUUCCGGGAAAUUGCUGGUGCUAUUGGAGCGCGCCCGUCGAGACGAAGCACACUUGAAACCGAGAGAGAUGUGGAUGUCACGCCUACUGGCACGAAGAAUCCAGAACCCCCGACAUCAAAAGCUCCUUUGAUGAACGAGUUUACGUCGGUUCUCCCAGCUCUGAUAUCUGGCAAGGACCCCCUUACACCGACACCUAGUGUGACAUGGUGAUCUUGCUGCUUGGUGUCCGGGAGGUGCAGAACUAGUCUCUUGCCAGCAUGCCAGCAGACAUACUGUAUCAUGUUCUAAUGCUCACAAGGCUGAGGAUGUACUUAGCUUCUCAUGUGAAUGUCGUCUUUGAUUUUGUGAUAUCUGCGCUCAAGCGAUUGAUGCAGCACGUGUGCCUAUCACUCUACAUUGACGCUUGCUCAUUGUAGGGACUGGUCAGAAUCGUCAAGUACUUGGAAUAGAUGCCCGAAUGGCUGGAACAGGGCUGGGCAAG